CUGAGUCAGUCGUCCGGUCCCAGAGAGCAGUUUGCUGAUGGGACCUGCUGCUCCACCAUGAGCUUACAAGAUGGCGGCUGCAGCUACCACAGCAGCGCCAAUUUGGCCACCAUCACUGGCAGCAUGCGGCGGCGCCUGGAGGAUCAGGAAUUCACCCUGCGCGUCUAUCCAGGCACCCUGGCUGAGGGCACAAUCUAUUGCCCUGUCAGUGCCCGCAAGAACACCACAGCUGCUGAAGCCAUCGAGUGCCUCAUCGAACGAUUGCACCUGGAUCGGACCAAAUGCUACGUGUUGGCGGAGGUGAAAGAGUUUGGGGGGGAGGAAUGGAUCCUCAACCCCAGUGACUGCCCGGUUCAACGCAUGAUGCUGUGGCCAAGAAGCGCCCUGGAGAAUCGCAGCGGGCUGGGCAGCGGCGAUGACUAUCGCUUUCUGCUGCGGGAGAAAAACCUGGAUGGAUCCAUUCAUUAUGGAGGCAGUUUGCAGAUGUGGCUGCGGGUGACCGAGGAACGGCGGCGCAUGGUGGAACGGGGUUUCCUGCCCCAGCCUUCAGGGAACGACCCGCCGUCUGAUCUGUGUGCCCUUCGGGAGCUGACGGAGCGAGCUCUUUUGGAAAGCCUUCGUGCUCGCUUCCGCCAGGAAAAGAUCUAUACUUACGUUGGGAGUAUUCUUAUUGUCAUUAACCCUUUCCAGUUCUUGCCAAUCUACAACCCUAAAUACGUCAAAUUGUAUGACAACCACACUCUGGGAAAGUUGGAACCACACAUUUAUGCUGUGGCAGACGUGGCGUAUCACGCCAUGCUGCAGCGGCGUAAAAACCAGUGCAUAGUCAUUUCUGGUGAGAGUGGAUCUGGGAAGACUCAGAGCACCAACUUCCUCAUUCAUCACCUGACUGCUCUCAGCCAGAAGGGAUUUGCCAGUGGGGUAGAGCAAAUCAUCCUGGGAGCUGGACCCGUUCUAGAGGCCUUCGGGAACGCAAAGACUGCACACAACAACAACUCCAGCCGCUUCGGCAAGUUUAUUCAGGUCAACUAUCAGGAGAGCGGCACCGUGCGGGGAGCUUAUGUGGAGAAGUACCUUCUGGAAAAAUCCCGUCUGGUUUACCAGGAGCACAAUGAACGGAACUACCAUGUGUUUUAUUACCUGUUGGCUGGAGCCAGUGAAGAAGAGAGGAAGACUUUCCACCUGCUCCAACCAGAGGAAUACCACUACCUCAACCAGAUGACAAAGAGAACGCACAAACUCCACUGGGACAAUUGCGUUGAGACUGAUCCGCAUGACUGCUUCACAGUGGAAGGAGAGGACCUGAAACAUGACUUCGAGAGGCUUCAGCUGGCCAUGGAGAUGGUCGGCUUCCUCCCCACUACACGCAAACAGAUUUUCUCCCUGCUGUCAGCGAUUCUCCACCUGGGAAACAUCCGCUACAAGAAGAAGACCUACAGGGAUGACUCCAUCGACAUCUGUAACCCAGAGGUCCUGCCCAUCGUCUCAGAGCUGCUGGAGGUGAAAGAAGAGAUGCUCCUCGAAGCCCUGACAACCAGGAAGACGGUGACUGUCGGAGAGAGGCUCAUCGUGCCCUACAGACUUGCAGAGGCGGGGACCGUGAGGGACUCGAUGGCCAAGUCUCUGUACAGUGCUUUGUUUGACUGGAUCGUGUUCAGGACAAACCACGCUCUGCUCAACAACAAGGACCUGGAGGACAGUUCAAAGAUCCUGUCCAUCGGCGUUCUGGACAUCUUUGGCUUCGAGGACUACGAGAACAACAGCUUCGAACAGUUCUGCAUCAACUUCGCAAACGAGCGACUGCAACACUAUUUUAACCAACACAUCUUUAAACUGGAACAGGAGGAGUACAGGGCAGAGGGCAUCACGUGGCACAACAUUGACUACAUCGACAACAGCAGCUGCAUCAACCUCAUCAGCAAGAAGCCUACGGCUCUGUUCCACCUGCUGGACGAGGAGUGCAAUUUCCCUCAAGCUUCUAAUCAGACGUUGCUGGACAAGUUCAAGCGUCAGCAUGAAGGAAACAGCUACAUUGAGUUCCCCGCUGUCAUGGAGCCCGCCUUCAUCAUCAGACACUACGCUGGCAAAGUCAAGUACGGAGUCAAGGACUUCAGGGAGAAGAACACUGACCACAUGCGGCCUGACAUCGUCGCCUUGCUGAAGAGCAGCAAGAACGCCUUCAUCUGCGGCCUGAUGGGAAUCGACCCUGUGGCGACCUUCCGCUGGGCCGUGCUGCGGGCUUACUUUAGAGCUGUUGUGGCUUUCAGGGAGGCCGGCCGCAGACACAUCCACAAAAAAUCAGUGAAUGAUGCAGCUGUUCCCUGCACUGUUGUCAAAACUGUCGACAACUUCAGUUUUCUUCACCACCCGGUUCACCAGAGGAGCCUCGAGAUCCUUCAGAGGUGCAAAGAUGAGAAAUACAGUAUUGCUCGUAAAAAUCCACGAACACCUUUGUCAGAUCUUCAAGGUGCCAACGUCCUGAAUGAAAAGGCCAGCAGGGAUGGAUACGGCGUUGGAUGCAACGGUCGCAGCUCCAGAUCGGGUCGUGUCUCUUCGUCAGGAAGCCCAGCCUUGGAGGAAGACGGGAUCUUCCUCAACUCGGCCAACAGCAAGCUCCUGGAGAGAGCUCAGGGUAUCCUACUGAGAAACAAAAACUGCAAAAGUAAACCAUCCCUUCCCAAGCACUUGUUGGACGUGAAGUCUCUGCGCUACCUGAGCAGCGUGACACUUCACGACCGCAUCACCAAGUCCCUGCUUCACCUGCACAAGAAGAAGAAGCCGCCCAGCAUCAGUGCUCAGUUCCAGGCUUCGCUCAAUAAGCUGAUGGAGACUCUGGAUCAGUCCGAGCCGUACUUCGUCAAGUGCAUUCGCUCCAACGCUGAGAAGCUGCCGCUCCGUUUCAAUGACAGUCUGGUGCUCAGACAGCUGAGGUACACGGGGAUGCUGGAAACCGUCCGGAUCCGACAGUCCGGAUACAGCAUCAAGUACACAUUUCAGCACUUUGUGCGUCACUUCUAUGUGCUGGUGCCACGGGGCAUAAGCUCAACAAAGUCUGGUAUCAGAGAGUUUUUCCGACGGAUCCACCUGCCUCCUGCAGGAUAUCAAGUGGGCAACACAAUGGUGUUCCUGCGGGAGGCGGAGCGUCAGCGUCUGCAGACACUCCUCCACCAGGAAGUACUGCGGAGAAUUGUCACGCUGCAGCGGCGCUUCAGAGCCGUUCUGGAGCGGAGGCACUUCGUCAGCAUGCGACGAGCUGCCUGCAUCAUCCAGCGCUGGUGGAGAUUCUGCCUCCUCAAACAGUCCAGUAUUGAUUUGGGUGUAGAGGAGGCGGCGGCUGUGUGUCUGCAGGCAGCGUGGCGAGGUUACAGGGAGCGCAGGAAGUUUCUGCAUUGGCGAGCCUCCGCCAUCAUCAUCCAGAGGAGCUGGAGGAUCUGCUGCCACCGCCGCAGGUCUCUGGCCGUUACGACCAUCCAGACGGCCUGGAGAGGGUUCAGAGAGAGGAGCCGGUUCUGCACGGCACGCAGCGCAGUCGCACAGCUACAGGCGGUCAGCCGAGGAUACCUGGCUCGACUCAGAUAUAAACACUUACAGGAGCAGCAUGAGAGACUCAACAGACAGUCUAGUCUAUUAACCAAGAUGGCUGCUGGGGCUUUGGAGGACUUUGCCUCAUCAGUACAGGACAAUCAUGUUGACAUCAAGCAAUCCGAAGAAUAUUUGGACGCUACCAAGACCGUGAAAGAAGAGGACUCUGAGAGAAGUCGAUGCAUAGACGAGAAUAGUCAAAAGAACCGAUCAAAGCGAGAGCGGGGACGCAUGAGAGAACUGGAACAGGCUCAGUUCAGCUUGGAGCUCCUCAAAGUUCGCACCACCAGCAUGGGGGGUUCUCAUCCAGAAGACGUGGUCACAAACAGCAGCACAUGUCAUAUGGAUGAUGACCUCAGACAUUCCCAGCGGGGUUCACCGGAGAGCCACGGGAGUUUUGAGAUGCUUAGCAUGGAAGAAAUGGAGACCGACGGUUCUGGGGGAUUUGGGUUCCAGUCGAUUGAAUCUCAAGAACCAGCCCAAACUUUGAGUGUCCUCAGAGAUUCAAACCAUAAUGAAAAGCCAAUGAUGGAGCUGUCAAAUAAGGUUGAAGAAGCAAGGGCAACAUUUUAUAUUCCCUCUGACCAAAGUCCAAUUCAUAAACCAAAACAUGAAAGUCCUGGCAAAUCUUACAGAGAUAGAAAGGAGUCAGCGUCUCUAAGGCCGGUGGUUGUGUUGAUUAGUAUGAAGAAGGAGAGUCCUGUGGAUGAGGGAGAGCUGCUGGCAGCUCGAACCCUUGAAGCAGCUUCUCAAGUAGGCGAAACCAGCUCCCAAAUCACCCCUAUAGGAGGCCUGGAGAUAGCAUCCUACAGGGAGCAACCUAUCCAGGCAAAAAGAGAUGUGCUUAGGAUGGACAAGUCUUCCAAGCUCCCCACUUCAACCCUUCAUGGACAGAGCCCAGAGUCACCAGGACUAAGCUCCUCAAAGGAGGAAGUCAAAAACAUCCUGCAGCCCAAGACUAGUGUUCCCACUGUUCUGCCAAGUCAGCGUGAGAUGAAGAAGACCCGACCUACACAGGAGGUUCCCAACCAGGUGCUGGACACCAAACCCCCAAAAGCCCAGAAGAAGAGCUCUGCCCAGUCUGUGACUGUGAACAUGGUGGAGAAAUCACCCAACUCUGUGUUCUCUGCACCAAGACGCAAGCUGCCAUUCUCCAAAUCAGAUAAGGAUUUGGUGAAUCAGGAGAGAUCUCUCUCGCUUUCCAUGUACAGAGAUGAUUCCAAAUCUGCUGGAUCCAGAAACAGAGAGCAGGUGGGCCGGCCCGGCCCCAAAAAGAAAGCUCGAAUGUCCCGGACGCGCUCCGACUUCCUCACCCGCUGUAACUCUGAGGGCGCCACCCAGUCGGAUGACGACGACGAGUACUACAUCCCUGCACACUCCAGCACGCUGCCCCCCUUCUUGUCUCCCCCACGAGCCCUCCUCGAGGCUGACUGUCACAGUGACUCUGAGAUGUCGUCUCAUAAAGACCAGAAGAAGAUUCACAAGACCAUGUCGUCUGGGGACCUGGGCAAGGUAGAAGUCCUCAGGAAAACCUCUAGUCAGGACGGAAGCAGGAUGAGAGGAAAGAUGCGAUUCUGGAGUAAGACGAGACACAGCGAGAAAAAACUGUCAAGAGAAAAACAGGCCAGCAGGAGUGAAGGAAGUCUGUCUCCUCCACACAGUCCAGAUAUGGACGUGUCUUCUUGUAGAGGAGGAGUCCGGGACACCAAAGAGAACAAGGAGCAGCGGAGGCGCAGUUUGAAGAUCAGCAGCAUCGCUCUGGAACCCUCCAUGUGGCAGAACGACUCGCUGCACAUCCUCACCUCAGCCAGCGACUACCGCAGCAUGAACGACUUCCUCAUGAAGAAGAUAUCUGACCUGGAUUCUGAAGAUAGCAAGAAGGACACCAUGGUGGACGUCGUCUUCAAGAAGGCACUGAAGGAGUUCAGGAUCAACAUCUUCAACUCAUACUCCACUGCCCUGGCUAUGGACGAUGGGAAGCGUAUACGUUACAAAGACCUGUACGCGCUGUUCGAGCACAUCCUGGAGAAGACCAUGCGUCUGGAGCAAAGAGACUGGAGCGAGUCGCCUGUGAAGGUGUGGGUCAACACCUUCAAGGUCUUCCUGGAUGAGUUCAUGACGGAGUACAAGUCCAUGGAGGGAACCACCGGCAGGGCUCCUAAACGUGAGCGCAAGAAAUCGAGGAAGAAGGAAACUGAUAUUGUGGAGGAACACAACGGUCACAUCUUUAAGUCCACUCAGUACAGCAUCCCGACUUACUGCGAGUUCUGCUCCUCCCUCAUCUGGAUGAUGGACCGAGCCUGCGUCUGCAAAUUGUGUCGCUUCGCCUGCCACAGGAAGUGCUGCUCCAAGAUGACGACGAAGUGCAGUAAAAAGUAUGACCCGGAGCUGUCGUCUCGACAGUUCGGCGUGGAGUUGUCUCGUCUGACCAGUGAGGAGCGAACUGUACCUCAGCUGGUGGAGAAGCUCAUCAACUACAUCGAGAUGCACGGCCUCUACACGGAGGGGAUCUACAGGAAGUCGGGCUCCACCAAUAAGAUCAAAGAACUCCGACAGGGGCUGGACACAGAUGUGAGCAGUGUCAAUCUGGACGACUACAACAUCCACGUCAUUGCCAGCGUGCUCAAACAGUGGCUCCGGGACUUGCCCAGCCCGCUCAUGACCUUUGAACUGUACGAGGAGUUUCUUAGAGCCAUGGGCCAGCCGGACCAGCGGGAGAUGAUUCUAGGGGUGUACUCGGUGAUCGACCAGCUCAGCAGGACACACCUCAGCACAUUGGAGCGCCUCAUCUUCCAUCUGGUCAGAAUCACCCUGCAGGAGGAGACGAACAGGAUGUCUGCCAACGCCCUCGCUAUCGUGUUCGCGCCGUGCGUCCUGCGGUGUCCGGACACCAUCGACCCGCUGCAGAGCGUCCAGGACAUCAGCAAAACCACAGCGUGUGUGGAGCUGAUCAUCAACGAGCAGCUGAGCAAGUACAAAGCUCGUCUGAAGGACAUCAGCAGUCUGGAGUUUGCAGAGAGCAAAGCCAAGAGCAGACUGACCCACAUCAGGAGGUCCAUGAGCAGAGGUCGUGUCCGGCAGAGCUGCACCCUCGUGCCCUCACCUCCUCUGAGCCCCAAAGCUCCCUCUGUGAGCGAAGGAGAGUCUGCAGGAGGAGGAGGAGGUGAUGAAGAUGCAGCUGAGGUGGGGCUGAACGAGCAGCAGCAGCUGGCGAUGCAGCAGGAGGAGCAAAUUCUCACCGAGCAGAUCGAGAGUCUGCAAAAAGAGAAGGAGGAGUUGACGUACGAGAUGCUGAUCUUGGAGCCGCGGGCGUCGGACGAUGAGACGCCUGAAUCCGAGGCCUCCAUCGGCACCGCGGACAGCUCCGAGAACAUCACCAUGGAGACGGAGGGAGCCACGUCCGACCCCUCUGAACGUGGAACGUUCCGAUCCAGGAAGUCGGAGGCAAAAAGCAGGCGGGCUCUGCGUCGCCAGCCCGACUCCCAGGACUCCGCCGACUCCACCUCCACCAUCUCCUCCUAUCACCCUUCCUCCUCUCUCUCCUCCAUCACCUCCAGCUCCCCGUCCCCUCAUUACCGCUUCCGCUCCUCCUCCUCGGGGCCCCUGCUCACGUCCUGCGGGCUGGGGGCCCCGCUGGCUGAGCCAGAGGGCGGCCAGAAGCCUGGAAAGACUCGGCACAGGCUCAGGCUGAGCCGCAGCUCGCCGCGCGACUCCUCGGGAAGCCACCGGAGAGAGUCGGACUUCGGCUCGGGGCCCCAGCAGCUGGUUCUGUACGGCAGCAACGAGUUCGUGGUGUGACGGCGAGAAGGUUUGAAGCGUAGGAAGGUGUGUUUGAAAGGAAAAAGACUGAGCGAGGGUUUGACAGAAGGCCUUCCUCAGUGCCGGUACCAUCCUCCUCCGGUCCACUUUAAACAAAAAGCUGUGAGGGCGGAGGGCCCGACGGACCCGCAGCAGCAGACGGGCACAGGAAGAGGACUCGUAAACAACGUGGCGCUCGAGCGCAGCUGAUCGGAGCCGCUGCAGGUCCAACAGAGGGCGGUUGGGAACAAAACCCUCUGCGAAGCCAAAUCUUACAGCGCCACGUCUUUAUUUUGUUAGCAUGUGGGCCGGUGGUUCAAGCACCCAGAAGAAAUGUAGCCAUACUGACUGAA